AUGAGAAGAUGUGGUCCAACACCAGCUCUGACAAUUUUCGUCGCUUACGCUCCAACAUCAAGCUACGAAGAAGAAGAAGAAGUUGAAGCUUUCUAUAUGUGCCUGGAGAAGUUCUACCGAGAAGAUCAUGCCUUCUACAAGGUCAUAAUUGGCGAUUCCAACGCCAAAAAGCCCUCUUCUCUACACUGGACGUGGGAGUCACCCGGCGGAGGGUAUCGUAAUGAAAUAGACCAAAUCAUCGUCAAUAAAAGGUUCUGCCUGACCGACGUCGCUGUUGUACCAAAGUUUUAUACGGGAUCGGACCAUCGCCUCCUCCGAGGAAGAUUUUCCUUCACAAGGAGAGAAGAGAAAGCCGCCAAGCUCAGAGAGCGACAUCCCAGAACUAUUAUUAACUGGGAUCUUUUCGCUACGCUAGCCGGCUUUUGGGAAGAUUCCGCAAUGGACAACACCGACGAGGAAUACGACCGGCUCGUUGAACACCUUCACCACUGCGCGAAGAAGACUGAAACUUUUAAAACCACCAAGAGAUGCUUGUCUCUCAAAACUCUUGAGCUGAUACGCCAGCGUGGAGCAGCAGAGGCGAUAAAGGAAGACCUUAAAGAGAGAAGAGCAGAAGUGCUGGCUGAAGCUGCAGAGACGGGGAAAAGCAUCCGCUAUGCCCGUCGAGACUUCGCCAGUCGCAAGACGAGAAUGACUGCUCUCCGGAACUCGAAGGGAACAACCAUCGAGAAGGGGGAUGGAGAAAAUCAUCUACGACUUCUACUUUGA